UCGAUCGGAGCCAGGGCUGCUAAUUGAUAUGGAAAUUUGGUUGCUGGCCCCGGGCGAGCAAGCACAAACUCAUCAAAGUCGGAAAACUCAUUGCAGAUGCGAUUAAAGGCAAACACGGUGGGGAAAACAUGCAGCGAGCAAAAAAUUCAACCACAAACUUCGUGGGCAAGUUCACGCAGAGUGUGCGCCGAAUCGUGCAGGAUGUGAAGGACGAGGGGGCGCCCAGUGGAAUGACGCGGGACGAGGUGAUCGAGACAAACGAGCGCCUGCGAUCCUUGCGCCUUCGCCUGGAGGAGUCCUACGAGACCGCCAAGAAAGCCCUGAUCAACCUCAUGAACAAGUACGGCGACUCGAAGAGCCAACGCAACAUAUUCCAACGCUAUCCCAUGCUCAAGCUGAUGAUUAAGGAAGUUAUCCGCCUGGAGACCCAGUACUGGACUCUGGUGGACAUCCCGCGGCAGGAGAAGCAGGAGACGGUCCCCUCCUACGUGAUGCGGGCCUGCUCGAUCAUGGAGAAGACCCAGAAGUCCGGCGAGGGAGUGAAGACCUCUGCCCGCCUGGCAGAGGAGGCGGCUGAGCGGCGGGAGCGGAUGGAGCGAUUGGAACAUAUGACAACGGCCCAAAUCGAACAUGAGAAUACGCAGCUAAUAAACGACUUGUACCGCUUGCUGAAAAAGUACUUGGGACUGCGACACCUCAUACGUGUGUUGAAGGAAGAGUACGGCAGCUCAAAGAUGUAUCCGAUAUUUCCACGCUACACAAUGCUGAAGGACAUGAUAAAGGGCAUCAUGCACGAUCCGGACUACAUGGAGGUGUGCCACGAGACACUGGCCAACGCCAACUGAGCCGAGGGCACCGGAAAUGGCAGGCGUCGCAUGAGUGUCAUUUGAGAGGGCCCAAAAACUAAUAGCAAUACCAAUACAAGCAGCAGCAUACACGGACGCAGGACCCAGGAUUAGAGUCCUGCGAAAUGUGUAUGCAUAUGUGCUGAAUUCGCAUGCGAAUUUUCAAGUGAUUUAGAGUUUUCCGAACAGCUUCUUCGAAACUCCUCCGCCAGUGGAGCGGGUUCCUAAAACCUCUUUCGGCCCUUCUUUUAGCCAACACUCAAAGGCAAGCCAAGACAAACUAAUCAACUAACUAACCAACUACUUACUAAACCCAGACCCCACCACCCACCACCAAUUAAACAAGGAACUAUUUACACGACAUUAUCAGAUACAAACACUUCGGCACUGAAGUGCCAGCAAACAAACUAAAAGGCAUUUAUUUUAAUGAACUUUUGAGAUGAAUACAGUGUUAUACCUACAAAAAUACAAUAUAGAUACACAAGAUAUUUACUGAUAAAAUAGUAAACAAAGCGCUCAAAGACGAUGAACAAAAAUCAAAUCGAGAAUCAAACCAAACUUUGUGUAAUUUGUAUGUACCACUUACAACAAACUGAGUCUAGUAUUAUACACAUAAAUAUAGAGCAAGGAAUAUGGAAUAUAUACAUACAUACAUAUGUGAACUAACCAAAGAUACUCCAAAACAGAUGACUAAUGACAAAUUGAUAACCGUUUGAUUUGGCAUGACUUUGCCACCUUUUUGAGUUUGUUUUAGGUAAAGUACUGGUCGAUAGCCGUUAGCUGAAUAUAUUAUACUUAUUACCAAAGUAUAUCAAAUUGUAUUGAGUAAACACCACGCCUAGAUGUUAGUUAGACAAUAUUAGGGAAAUAUUCCCAAUCGGUGUGAGCAACUACUCUUAACACCUUUUAAGAAACACAAAGCCCCAUCCUAGAACCUAUCUGAUUGUUGACUUCCUUUUUGCCUGUAACUAUUAGUAACUAACAAAUGCUUUAUGUGUGUAUCGAAACGUUCAGCUUUAAGUUCCCUGCAACGCGCAGACAAACCCAAAUGCAAAUGUGCAUUCAUGGAUUCGUUGUUGUACAAUGGACAUACAUACCUUGUAGCUUUGUAAUCCCUCAACCCAAACACACAUUGCAAACACUCAAACACAAGAGACCAAAGGAAAACCUAGACGAGCUUACAACUUUUUACGAGAGCUAGACUCCCGCAAACUCCCUUUCCCCUUCUUCUUUUUAUGCUAUUUUUGAAUAGAAAUCCUACUCGAUUUACUGCUUUAAAUUUGCGCCACUAAUAGCCGGCAAAUGAAACUGGCAGAAAUGAGAACCCCUCUUUACCACGGAAACUCCACUGACACACCCACCGAUACACAGUGCAUACAUAUCUGACAUAUCUGAGUAUAAGCAAAUCAGGAACAGAUUCGAAAAGCCGCAGCUAUCAUGAAAGUGCAAUUGAGUGCAUAAAUUACUCGAACAAUUGUUUGCUGCCCAUUAUAUGCUUCACAGCAUCUGAUUGCUGGUUAAUUUACCACCACCCUUACUAUUGGAUCCCCUAAUGCAGCCUGUCGCUUUAAAAUAUACAUAUAAUUUAACUGCCUGCCUCUCCAAGCGUUUAGUGUGAAAAAACAUUUGACGCUAGCCUUUCAAUAACCACAAAAAAAGACAGCUGCAUCAGCGGCAAAACAUUUAUAGUAAAUAAAUAAAAUAGAUAAUUGAAUGUUGAACAAAUAGCAAAUCAACUAUGCAAAUCCAUACUAUUUAGUAAACUAACAAAUUUCCUUUAGACGGUUAAGCCUAAGCGAUGAGUUGUGUUGUUUACGUAGUUAAUUGUUGAGCAUUAAAUUUGAAUUUGAAAAAUAUUUUCCGCCAUUUGCAUAAAAUGGGGGCUGAAAUGAAAUUUAAACACGCGAUUUACACAUAAUAUGAGAACAAAUAAUAUACAAAUAUAUAACUAUGCAAUUAUAGCUAAACUAAUUAAAACUAAACUGUAAUGAUCAGGUAUUAAAGUUAUAAAGUUUAAUCAAAAUAUAUUAACAAAUGUGUGCUUGCGAGUGUGUGCGUGAAUGUGGCCAAUACAAACUUAUUGCAAUAUAGAAUACGGAUUCAAACAGUUGGGCAAAUAUUGCGGCGGCAUACCUUAAGAUGCAAACUUAAAUACUAUAGUUAUAUACGACAAUGGUACUCGUGUUAUUAUACAACUUACACACGAUAAACAACAUAUACCCGUGUACCCACUUAUACAUACAGACCCUCAUGAGGAACAUGGCCGGUCGGUACUCCUACAAACACAAAACUUCGUACAAUUUUACCUUUUCAACAUCUCAGUGUCUAACAAAAAGCAUUAAAUGUAUUUCCGCAAGGGAGUUUCCAAUAUAUUGCAUGUAUCAGUAAAAAUAUGUGUCAAGACACUCGAUAAUAUGAGAAAAUCGAUAAAUAUAUUGAUAUGCAAAAGGAAACAAAUGAUUGUUUCAUUUCU